CGAGUGGUUUGGCGUCUGGAGAUGGUGGAGGAGGGAGUGGAGGAGGCACGCCACUGCGUCCUCCGUCCCACGUUUCGGCCUGUGUGCAAACUGGUGAGGGUCCAGCUGUGGUCCGACGGUUGACAGGAUGAGGUGAGGCAUUAUCUUCUCCAUGCACUUCGUUAUGAUGGGCGUGAGUGCAACUGGACGGAGGUGGUUGGGCUCUGACUGGCGGGGUUUUGGGGGUAUUGGUGCAACGGUUGAGGUCCUCCAUAGAUCGGGAACUUUAGCUGUUCUGUAUGAAUCCAACAAGACGGAGUGGAAGACUGGGCAGAGCUCCGUGGCACAGAGCUUUAGCACCCUUGCCGGGAUGCCAUCCGGCCCCGGGGCCUUGCCAAUGUUGCACCUGGCCAGCUGUGGCUGUACACCCUCCUGAGUGAAGGGUGGGUGCUGGGGUUCUACCAGCGCCUUCACAGGAGGCGGUGUAGUCCUGGGUGUCAAACCGGUUGAAGAACCUGUUCAGGGAGUUAGCAAAGUGCAUGAACGCAGUGCAGCCAUGUGUCGUGUGGGCGGAGCCAGGGGUUAGGGGAGGAGCCAGGGCUUAGGAGAGGAGGGAAGAGGACGUCAGGUGGAGGAAACGAAACUGAAGGUUCAGAUCAACCAAAGCACCCGACGUGGAAGCAGUUCUCUCGGUCAGGAAAAAAAUAAAACGCAUUUUGAAACACGCUGACGGACAGAAACUACAUCAAGGAAUGGCCUCUGCUAACACCUCCUGGCCUGAAGAGAACUUUUCAUGUUCCAUCUGUCUGGAUGUGUUCAGCAUCCCAGUUUCCACACCAUGUGGACACAACUUUUGCAGGGCCUGUAUUACUAAGUUCUGGGAUGAACAAGUCAAGUACAAAUGUCCUGUUUGCAACAAGCUUUUCAACACAAGACCUGAUUUACGGGUCAAUAUCCUAAUUUCAGAGAUGGUUGAUCGGUUUGGAACGUCCGUACGAGUAAAAGAGCAGCCUUGUGUUGAACCAGCAGAAGUUCCCUGUGACGUCUGUACUGGGACCCAGCUGAAGGCCGUGAAGUCCUGCCUAGUGUGUCUUAUCUCUUACUGCCAAACCCACCUGGAGCCACACCAUAGAGUCGCAGGCCUGAAGAAACAUCGGCUGGUCGAGCCUAUGGACCGUCUGGACGACAGGAUGUGUAAGAAACACGACCGACUUCUGGAGCUCUUCUGCCAGACUGAACAGGUGUGUGUGUGUCUGUUGUGCACAGUGACGGACCACAAGUCACAUCCUGUUAUACCUCUAAAGGAGAAAUAUGAAGUGAAGACGGCCCAGCUGGGGAAGAUAGAGGCUGAAGUUAAGCAGUUGAUCCAGGAGAGACAAAGAAAUAUUCAGGAUAUUAAAGACACAGUUAAACGCAGCAAAGCAGACGCAGACAGAGAGAUAGCUGAUGGUGUGCAGGUCCUCACUGCUCUGAUGCGCUGCAUUGAAAAGUGCCGGGAUGAUCUCAACCAAAUGGUUAAAGAGAAACUGAAAUCCACAGAGAAACAAGCUGAAGACCUCAUCAAAGAGCUGGAGCAGGAAAUAGAAGAUCUGACCAAUAGAAGCUCAGAGGUGAAGCAGCUCUCACACACUAAAGACCACCUCCACUUCCUCCAGGCCUUCAGAUCCCUGAAGGAUCCUCCACCCACCAGGGACUGGACCACGGUGGAGGUCCGUCCUCCGUCAUACGUAGGGACCUUGAGGAGAUCCCUGGAUCAGCUGGAGGAGACACUGAACAUGGAGAUGAAGAAGCUGCGUGAUGCUGAACUGAAGAGGGUCCAGCAGUAUGAAGUAGAUGUGACUCUGGAUCCUGAUACAGCUCAUUCCUGGCUCAUCCUGUCUGAGGAUGGGAAACAAGUACAUGAUGGAGGUGUAUUGAAGGAACUCCCAGACAACCCUAAGAGAUUUACAUGGCAUAGAUUUGUUAUCACGAGGCAGAGCUUCUCCUCAGGGAGAUUUUACUUUGAGGUCCAGGUUAAAGACAAGACUCAGUGGUUUGUAGGAGUGGCCAGAGAGUCCAUCGACAGAAAAGAUAAGGCAGAGUGGACCCCUGAGAACGGUUACUGGACUCUUCUCUACUACAAGGAUGUGUUGGUAUUUAUUGAUAACCCUGUUGUCCGUGUCCCUCUGAGAGCUGAGCUCCAGAAGGUGGGGGUGUUUGUUGAUUAUGAUGAGGGUCUGGUCUCCUUCUAUGAUGUGGAAGCCAGGGUUCAUGCUACUGGCUGCACCUUCAGUGAACCUCUCUAUCCAUUCCUCGGCACAGGUCCCCGUGAUUAUGGAGGUAACAACUCUGCCCCCCUGAUCAUCUCACCUGUCCAUCAGACUAGGAUCUAUGUUUGGUAAUAAAAUAAUCAAACGACCAAAACAACUGAUGUUGUUUCCUGAAUUAGAAUCUCUAUUGUAUGAGAUCUGAGAGAACUGUAUUCAUAUCUUAAUUUCAUUUUUCACAUGUCAUUUAACAAGGAGUAAUUCAUUAAGCCAUUAACACUGUACUAUAAAAAAUAUAACCCAUUAUAACCUAUAAGACUACGCUAUGAUGUUCAAUGAUUUUUAUCUGAAUGUUUUGUUAUAUUUUUAAUGAAUGAAAAAAUUGUAAUCAGAUAAUGUGAAAUGUUGAUUUUGAUAACAUUAUCAUUAAUUGAUUUAACCAAAUGGUAAUAUUCCUUUAUUAUAUGUGAAUCAUGGUUGUCAACACAAUACAAUGUUUGUAAACUUUUGAGAUUUGAAUAAAAAUCUACUAAAAGUAGAAUG